AUGCCUGGACAAGCUCUUGUAGCGUCUGAGGUUGGUGUUGACGUAGUCGCAGCUGUCGAUCCAAGUGGUCCCAUAUGUGUUCGAUGGGGUUCAAAUCUGGGGAUCUUGUGGGCCAAGCAUUUUGUUGGAGAGACAGGUCCAACAGAGAUACACCCUGAUCCAGUAGCUGCAGAUGGGAGUCGAUCUACACUGUCAAGGCCCCCACCAAAGAAACGGCGAUUACAGGAGAUUUCAAUGGAAAUGCCACCAGACCCGAUGACAAUGAAAAUGCUCCACCUACAGAACUCCAUAGAGAUGAAAGUACUCAAACUGAAGAAAACUAAAACAAAAUUAGAAGAUGGAGAAAUUUUCGGUUUUGAUAGUGUCUGUAGAAGAGAGGGAAAACUGAAAGAUCUGUUCCAGUAUUACACAGGAUUAAAGCUGUUAAGAUAUCUUGCACUCGUUGAUUUUCUUGCACCAAGUGAUGACUGCAUUGCUUACAGGAAAAGUAGGCAUGACAUUAAAAGGCUUGCCCUGAAAGAUUGUCUUUUUCUAUGUUUGUAUAGAUUGCGGCAUAAUUUUGGCCUAAAAGACAUAUCCAUGCAAUUUGGACUUUUAUUGCAAUCUUCGAGUGACAUUUUUAAUGCAUGGAUUGAACAUAUAUAUUUCAAAUUUGGGCAGUUAAUUGUUUGGCCACACAGGGAUAUAAUAAUUAACAAUAUGCCUGCUGAUUACAAAAAGGAAUUUCACACAAGAAUGAUUAUCACUGAUGGCACAGAAAUUACACAAUCUCCUUGUGCUCUGGCUCUACAAAGUCAAAUGUACAGUGACUACAAAUCAAGCACUGCCUUAAAGUGCCUUAUUGGUUGUGAUCCAUGUGUGUCAUUGAUGUUUGUUUCUGAACUGUUUACUGGGUCUGUAUCAGACAAAGAAAUUACAACAAACAGUGGGUUUUUUGAUUUACUGAAAGCUCUACUUCAAAGAGGUUAUUUACUGGAAGGAGAUGCUGGCAUGGCAGACAAAGGAUUCACCAUUGGGAACGAAUUAGAAAAGCUAGGAUUAAAACUAAAUAUACCGCCAUUUGCUUCGUCUGGUUCACAGAUGUCCCCAGGAGAUACAGAACUGACACAAAAAAUUGCAAAACAUCGAAUUCACAUUGAAAGAGUAAUUUCCAAAAUAAAAAACUACAGAAUUGUCUUUCAUACAAUCCCAACUUCGCUCUUCCAAAACAUAAACCAGAUUUGGGCUUUUUGACAUUGUUUCAAGAUACAUUUGUUAGGGAUAAAUGAAAUUGGAAAACAGAAAGAAAGGUUUUUACCUGAUAUGAUAACAGUGAGCCAACGGGUACUUUCCCAAAAGGUGUAUCCACUGUAGGUCCAUCUUCUGAUAAAAUAUAUCCCAGUGGC